UCAGCGACUCGAUCAGCACGGAAAGCGCAAGUUCCGCAUACCCUUAUGUUUACCAUACGAAUGGAAGCUGCUCUCGAAAUUUGUAAUUGAAUUUAUCGUCUGACUUUUGUUGAUACAGUCAGAUAAAUAGAGGGUGACGUCGCUUGUACUUUUUAUUGAACGUUGCGAAAGUUUCACUGGAAUUAUAUGUUGUUAUUCAUUGUUUGAGGAAAAUUUUGCCGAAGUUUUAUAACGAGGAGCGAAGAGGAAUUUUAAAGAGGAUAUAAAAUUAUACAUUCUCUUAUGGAAGGAACAUGUGAAGUGAACUGAAACGGUGGUAGUGAUGGCUAAUUUACAACAAUUUAGACUUUUGUUCGUUGCGCUGCUUGGGUGUUACUCAUCAGCAGAAAGCUACCAAGAAGAUUGGUCCACGACGAGGAUAAAUGAGGAACCGGAAUUUUUGACACCUAUAGAGAAUAUGACUAUUCCUAUUGGAAGAGAGGCCAUAUUAUCCUGUACUGUGAAUAAUUUGGGGCGUUACAAGGUGGCUUGGGUUCGAGCUGAAGACCAGACCAUUUUGAGCCUGCACACAAAGGUUGUAACUCACAAUUCCCGUAUCAGCGUUACGCACGACAACCUUCGCACAUGGCAUCUGAGAAUAAAACAGCUCAAAGAGACUGACCGCGGGUGUUAUAUGUGUCAAAUAAAUACAUCCCAGAUGAAAAUUCAAAAAGGGUGCUUGGACGUAUAUGUGCCGCCGGAUAUCAUAAACGACGACACUAGUGGAGAUUUGUCGGUAUCGGAGGGGGAGAAUGCUACUCUUUGGUGCAAGGCAACCGGACAUCCUGAGCCACGCAUCGCGUGGAGGAGAGAAGACGGACAGCCCAUCCUCAUCCGGCGCCCAGGAAGGGAGGCCAACCGAGUUGAAACCUACAACGGAAGCAGUUUAUUCUUCUGGCGGUUGGACAGGAAACAAAUGGGGGCUUACUUGUGCAUUGCGAGUAAUGAUGUUCCUCCGGCUGUGAGCAAGCGUAUAGCUCUGAAUGUCAACUUUGCUCCUCUAAUAAAAGUUCCUAAUCAACUUCUUGGUGCUCCUCUCAACACAGAUGUCCAACUUGAAUGCUAUGUUGAAGCAUUUCCCAAUACAAUAAACUACUGGAUAAAAAAUAGAGCUGAAAUGCUCAUAAAUGGAAGCAAAUACACGAUAAGGGAGGAGCGAAGCGGAUACAAGGUGUUUAUGUGGCUGGUCAUCAGGUCUUUUUCCCCAUCUGAUAUUGGAACUUACAACUGCGUAUCCACGAACUCUCUGGGCAGGGUGGAGGGUACAUUGCGGCUUUACGAAAUCAAAGUUGGUCCAGAAGGAGUCAACGAUCAUAUCAGUGUAGUUGGAGGAUUAGCAGAACCAGCACGAGGUCAUCGAACUAGGAAUAGUGAAAAUUCCUCCAGCUCAACUUGUACAAAAUUCUACAUCAUCCCAGUAGUCACGUGUAUCUUCUUGUACGCCAUUUCAAGGUGACGUAUUUCUUAAAGAGGUGCAAAGGAACUGAAAUCUUCAUCAAAUUGUAUAGCGUGAAAAGGGAAUUUGCUAUUUAAAUGUGAAAGGUUACGUCCGUUCAGGAAAAUGUGUCAAGACAAAUUAAGUCGCCAAUUUGUGAGCGUUCCCUAAUUCAUUUCCAGUAUUCUUAGGAAAUUCAGCUUGUAUAUAUCUCCUAGGAUAAAAUUUAAUAAGUUUAUAUGUCAACAAGCCUCAACAAACUAAACAUUUCGAUGUAUCACAGAAUAAUUGAAUAAUAUGAUAAAUUUAUCGAAUUCAAGUCAAUAAAUAAGAAUAUAAAAUAGCACUAAGAGAAACAUGAGACUGGAACCCUUCAAUUUGCUCCAGAAUUUGAGGGAUACAACCUUGGGAUGAGUGAAUAAAAAUGGAAUUCACAAAAUGGCCACAUGGUUUUCAGUUCUAUUUUCUAUUUAAAUAAAUCCAUUGGCAAUAUAGAAAAAUCAAUGCUCUAUUUUCUUGAUGUUUCUGAUACGUUGGUUUCAAUUUUGAUAUCUGAUACGUUUAAUGUAGAAUCAAUAAAUGUAUCAAUAUAUAUUCAAUAAGAGAAUUUAACAUUGUUGGAAUAGUACAUAAAUUGAUUUUUUUGUUGUAACUAGGCCUAACGAUCAUAUCUAAUAACUUUCAACCUAUGUAUAUCUUAUAUUUUUCGUUGCUCUUUGUAUUAAAGCUACAAUUGGUUCUUUUCCGUUGAAUGAAAUUUCGAAAACAAUGGUACUAACAAAUGACUUUUGUCAAAAUAUGGCUUUCAUUUCAACAUUAUACCUAGCUGUCAAGUAUGGAUUACGUAUGAUGCUCUCUCAUCGAGUGUAUUUCGUACACAAGGUUUUAUUUUCAAUAUAGGUAACAUUAUCUCAAUUUCAUCGAAAAAAUUAAAAUCAAACGAAAAAAUUAUUCAUCACUGAUUCAAGAGAAUCUUCAGAAAAAACUCGUAAAAAAUUAUAUUAUUUAUAUACAGGGAGUUAGAUAAACAUGCGGAAAAAAUUCAAGAGGCUAUUCUUUGGACUAUUUUAAGGAUAUUCAUUCUUUGAUUAUUUUUUAAAAAGCGCUUUGUUGCGAAGAUAGCCGACGAAACAAAUUUUCAACAAAAAACAAUUUAUUACUAAAAGUUACAUGCAACAUUUCUUAACCUACAACAAUUGUUGAAAAUGGCUACCUUCAGCUCGGAGGCUACCGAUCUCUUAUAUCCUCCAUAUCUUCCACGGGCCUAAUAUAAACUAAUGAUUUUAGAUGACCCCAUCGGAAAUAAUCGAGGGGCUUAAGUCCAGAUCGAGCAGGCCAUACGUGAAAUUUCGAGCCCCAUUCAAAAUUUUGAUCAUUUCGAACGCAUCACUAGGGACAAAUAUUAUCCAAGAAGAAUAUCGGCAAUACUACUCAAUAGAUAUUUCUGUGAUAACUGAUAUAACCUUUUUGCGACCAGAUAAAGAACAACGAUUUUAAGCUUGUUGCAGAACUACUUGUUGAUCACAUAAUCAGAACCAUAGAAAAUUCAGACAGAAUAUCGAAAGAACCUAAAAUAUCAGUGAACAUACACAAGUUGAAAUAUUCGAAGUGGAUGUACAAUAACGAUUUUAAAGUUGUGGAUGUACAAUAACGAUUUUAAAGCUGUCCACGGAAUUUAUUUUUCAUUGCGUCAUUAUAACCAUAGAAAUUUCAAGCAAACCAUAGAAAUAGUCCUUAUAUUUCCAUCACAAUAGAUCUGACUAGGUUGAAAUUUUAUUUUUAGGCAUAUUUAAAAUAACCCCUUGAAUGUUCAUGCCAAAUUUUGAGAGGAACCGUUCCUCUGAGGGAACCGUGCAUCGAAACCUUCAAUCUAGAUAAACUAAACGACAACAAUGGCACAAAAAAAAUCACAUCUCAGUAGUGUAGUAGUAGUAACUGUAAUUUAUUGCCUCCAAACAAAUGGCCAUCGACCUAGAGUCCUUCAGCCUUUUAAUUUAUUUUUUUUUAUAAUUGAACUGGUAUUGUACAAUUAGGUAUAUUGUGCUGUUCAAUAAGUUUAGAAUGAAACCACUCGUUGAGUUGAGUGACUGGAUUAUUUCAUUUAUUUGUUCAAUUCCUGUCUUUUCAUAUAAAAGUUGAUUGGGGGUAUUAUGGAGAAUUUGGGUGUCGCAUUCAAUUGUUAUUUUUCUCAUGGCCACGGUUUCUACUACUUGCAUGCAGAUUGUUUAUUGCUCUCAUAUUUACUUACCUAUAUAAAAUACCUGUCUGUAUAUUCACCACUAGAAGAGUUUUCUUUUUAAAAUGUAGGAAAUACAUUGAAGUUGAUCGCAAAACUUCAAAGCUAUAACACUAGAUUGAUCUAGCUCUUUAAAGUUAUGCUGUUAACUAACCCACAGUGGCGAAGCUAGGAGGGGCAGAGGGGGUCCUGGCCCCCCUAAAAUUCUGCUGCACCCCCCUCCUAAAAUUUGACAUACUAAGGCUAAAAGAUUAGCAGAACUAUAAUUCUGCUUUACUUUGGCCCCCCAAAAAAAAAUCCGACCCGCUCUUGGCCACCCCUGUUUAACCAAAGACUAACUAGUAAUCUGUGGUUUAACCCUCAAUGUUUAACGUUCAACAUUUGUACUUAUUUAACCUAACAAAUUGAGUUCUGAGAUUUCUACAAAGGAAAACCCAAAUGAUUAUUUUUUCAAUGAAGAAUACUCCAUUCAAAGAAAUAGUGAUCCCGAUAAAUAACCCUCAAACCAUUUUAAAUCCAGUGGAAAAGUCACAACCGUCCAAAUUCCACAGAAGCUAUGUGAGUACUUGAAUUGCCAAUCUGUAAAUUAGCCGAAGAAGCAAAUAUAUCAAACACAUUUUAUUCAUCCUACGCUCAGUGAAAAUACGCUUUGGGAAUUGAUAGCUCAAUUAAAUCGACUUUAUGUGCAUCAUCCUUAAUCAAAUAGCGUCGCAUGCAAUCGAGGCAAGUGUAUUUCAGAAAGAUCCAGUUAAUUGAUUCACUUUGGUUUAAAUGCUGUGUACUUCCAAUAAGCAACUUCAAAAGUUGAUUUUCGAUAGAAGUGUUAUUUUCGUUUCUGGGGUGAUACAGCUAAUUCGGAACUUUUUUCAAAGUGAAAAUCUAUUUUUCUCUAUAGUUAAUGUUGAAAUGAGUAUAUAAAGUACCACUUUACCAGCAAGGGUAGAUAAAAUGUUUUAACUUUUUUUUAAAUUUACAUCCUAGAUUUUUGUGGCAACAAUAAUCUUUGCUUUCAAUGCUGCAUCUGCUACAUGUAACCGCAGGUUUUCUUCUUGAUGUGUUACUUAUUUUCCGUACAUUUCGUAUUCACUUCGUACACAAAAUGCAAAAAUACCAAACACUCCACAAAAACCAGAAUGUAAAAUUUGUUGCACAUUUUUGUUGACAGAGUAAUUUAU